CAAAGGAAGGGAUAUUCGGCUCAUUCAAUGGAAGAAAUCUAGGCGUAUAUAUAGAGGUUUACUAGGAAGAAGGGGGAGUGCGUAGGUUAAGAGGGAGUUUGGGUGUGAAGGAUAAGGAGAUGGGAGGUGGAGUGUUAGGUUGGGUGGUGGUGGUGUUGGUGGUGGUGAAUGCAGGGGUGUUGUGUAAUGGAGGGAUUACAAGCAGUUUUGUUAGGCAGGUUGAAAAAACAGUCGAUAUGCCGCUCGAUAGCGAUGUUUUCAAAGUGCCUUCUGGCUAUAAUGCGCCGCAACAGGUUCAUAUAACUCAAGGAGACCAUGUUGGGAAGGGAGUGAUCGUCUCUUGGGUCACUCAAGACGAGCCUGGUUCGAAUACGGUGCUUUAUGGGCCUGAAGAAGACAAGCAUAAGUUCAAGGCGGAAGGCAUCGUUACGUCCUACAAGUUCUACAACUAUACUUCGGGCUACAUUCAUCACUGCACCAUCAAGCACUUGAAGUUCAACACCUUGUACUACUAUGAAGUUGGAAUUGGAAACACAACACGGCAAUUUUGGUUUCGAACUCCUCCAAGAGUUGGUCCUGAUGUUCCAUAUACUUUCGGUCUUAUAGGGGAUCUUGGUCAGAGUUAUGAUUCAAAUAAGACACUAACUCAUUAUGAGGCAAACCCAAAUGGACAGACCGUGUUGUUUGUUGGUGACCUUUCUUAUGCAGACAAUUACCCGUUUCAUGACAAUGUCAGGUGGGAUACAUGGGGCAGGUUUGUCGAGAGAAGUGUUGCAUAUCAGCCCUGGAUAUGGACUGCUGGAAAUCAUGAGAUUGACUUUGCUCCUGAGCUUGGUGAAAGUGUGCCUUUUAAGCCAUAUCGGCACCGAUAUCAUGUACCUUAUAGAGCAUCCAAGAGUACCAGUCCAUUUUGGUACUCCAUCAAGCGAGCUUCAGCAUAUAUCAUUGUCUUGUCUUCAUAUUCAGCUUAUGGUAAAUACACCCCUCAGUACAAAUGGCUUGAAGCGGAGUUUCCCAAAGUGAACAGGAAUGAGACACCAUGGCUGAUUGUUCUUAUGCAUUCACCAUGGUAUAACAGCUACAACUACCAUUACAUGGAAGGCGAAACCAUGAGAGUAAUGUACGAGCCAUGGUUUGUGAAGUACAAAGUAGAUGUUGUAUUUGCUGGUCAUGUCCAUGCAUAUGAACGAUCUGAACGUGUAUCCAACAUUGCAUACAACAUAGUGAAUGGGGUGUGCUCUCCAAUAAAUGACCCAUCUGCUCCUGUGUACAUCACCAUUGGCGAUGGAGGAAAUCUUGAAGGGUUGGCUACCAACAUGACAGAGCCACAGCCGAUGUAUUCAGCUUUCAGGGAGGCCAGCUUUGGUCAUGCUAUUUUUGAUAUUAAGAAUCGUACCCAUGCAUACUAUAGUUGGCACCGCAAUCAAGAUGGAUAUGCAGUUUCUGCUGAUUACCUGUGGUUUUACAACAGAUACUGGAAUCCGAUGGAUGACUCCACUGCUGCAGAAUCAUGAUACUGGAGUCCCAAAUACUCUUCCAUCUCUCUCUCUGUCUCUCUCACACCCAUAAACAAAUCUCCUUUUCAAAGCAUAGAUUCCAAUAAAUACUUGGGUAAAUAAUGUUUAGUUUAGAAUGUGAUUAUUUAGCAACUCAAUUUAUGAUAGAAGUGAUCGACGCUCACAAUCCAUUCACAAAUAAAAUCAAUUAGAUUUUAAAUAUCAGUUUAA